CUUAACUCUCUGUCUAUUAACCUCAUAUUGAGCUCCCAUCCCAUGGCUACUUCCGCUUCUGUGCUGGAUAUCAUCUCUUCAGCAGGUCUCUCUCCCACAGAGCAUCUUCUUCUAAAGCACUUUGUCGAAACCGCCGAUGAUUCAGAAUUAGCCGCGCGGUAUCUCAAUGCGAGGCUCCGUCAAUGUGAAAAUGUGAAAGCCGGUCUGCGUUCAUUUAAACACGAUUGGAGACGUUUGGUGUUCAAAUUGACGAGCUGCGAUCCAAUUCCUGGACACCUGGAAUCUCUCCUCUACCGCAGAGAUGGUCCAUCCUGCUCCUUGUCCAGAAAUGUGAAGGGCAACUCGGCCAACGCUGGAGCGGAGUCAGCCUACAUAAUUCCUCCGUCUUUUGUCCAAAGCAUCGAAUCAGAUAAGCACGCUCUGACUGAGAUCCUAGAGGCUUUCUUGUCCCCGCCAAAGCUUUUACAAUUGAAGGCUCUACUUACCAGUCAGGAUGAUGAUUCAUCGUCUCUUCGAAAUAUGUGGCGUCUGUCUCCGAGUAUGCACGACGCCUUUCGUCACGGUCAUGUAAAUAUAAGGUCUAUGGCUUACAGGCGUGCGGAAAUCGGUUGUCCACCUGAGGAAUGUGAGCAGGACGAGGAUCCAACAACACAGUACUCCUAUACCAUGCAUACUUUGUAUCCCGAAGAGCCUACGGGUCUUUUCUUGGGAGACGGGGAAUGGCUCGAUCGUUCAAUAUGGUAUUUUAAAUUCUCUACGCCAGACGCUGCUAUAAUGAGCCUGCCGAGUACAUUUCUGUUUGAUGUCCAUCGUGGGUUCGCCACCGCAUUGCAUCUCUUUUCUAUCGAGGAUAAAAUCUCAUCAGGAUGGCCAAAGCCUUCAAGAAGCUGGCUAAGUCCAUUUAUUCGAAAGCCCUUCUUCUUUCUCUCACGAUUUGUACCUCACUGGAUACGAAUGAGAUUCUAUCUGUUUCUUAAACCGAUUGGACGUCGACUCUACGGACCGGGAAGGUCAUCUUGGGUUCAACGAUUACCCUUCGGAUUGGUCAUUAAGGAUUGCUUCAAAGCCCCCGAGAAUGAACCCAACGCCCUCAAGCUCGUUGAAAAGUACACGAACAUUCCCGCCCCUCGCCUCAUCGACGUUGGUGAACAUGAUGGCAACACCUACAUGGUGAUGACCCAUCUCCCCGGGCAAAGCCUUGCAGAGGUUGGCCACCUCAUGUCUUACGCUGAACGAGAUCGUUUCGCCGACGACCUAGCAGCCUGCGUUUCGCAACUUCGAAUGAUCCCCAACAACACGCCAUACAAAUUCGGAGACACCCUCGGGGGGCCCGUGGUAGACCACCGUAUUCCUGAUGAUUGUGGUGGUCCAUUCAACACCGAGGCAGACUUCAAUGACCAUCUUGUCAGCCACCUGGCGUGCAACAUAUACGACGCCGUCGACGGUCUGCCCAUUCGUCAAGAUCAUCGCUCAUUCUUUACGCAUUCGGAUUUUCACGCGACGAACCUCCUCAUCGAAGGUGGUCGGUUAAGCGGUAUUAUUGAUUGGGAAUGUGCGGGUUACUUGCCGGAGUACUGGGAGUUCACGAAGGCUAUGUAUACGUCUAACUGGAAGCCCAUACAGCAGGCUAUAUUCCACCGUGCGUUUGGACAUGAAUAUGACGAUGAGUUGGCGGCUGAGCGGAAAUUGUGGGCGUUGACGCCAUUCGGAGUGUGAUGGUGCUCGUUUUCUAUCUUACUGGAUGAGAUUAACCCCGUUUGAAAAGGACGGCGUUUACAGAGAGUAACCUCAGGAAUCCAAACUAUUCAUUCGUC